ACUGUGCUCUUUCUUAUUGCCUGCUUAGUGUCGCAUUUUUUUGUUGCGCGUGUAUUAAUUAAUUUGAGUUGAACAUUUUGCCAAUGCUGCGUAUUUUGCAGUAAUUAACCGAAAAGUAGCUGCAAACAUCUAUUGAACGCGAACGCGCGCUCUUUACAAAAAUCGUACAGUCAAAAAGUGAGCGUCGACCAGCACACACGCGUUUUGCUACUCCAACACACCGCGUUUCGCUUUAUACUAGAUUCUUGGUAAAUUUCCAUUGCACAGCGGUACAUUUUGAAUACAUCCACCACCCCAACCAACACUUUGAAGAUGGUUUUGACAAAUUUUGAGUGCUGGGCGCAUGGUGAUGGCGAUGCUGCAGCUGCUAACAACUUCGAAACUGGGCCAUUGCGGUCCGCCCCAAUUGACAUGUUCAAUCCACGUGCGGUGUCGCAAAUAUCCUCCAACGGCUAUUAUGGCUAUGCCUUUGUCAAUGGUGAUGAUGCCAACAAUAACAACAUAAACAAUAACAACAUCACAACAGAUAACAUACAUGGGAUGCAAGAAAUUGGUGUAGGAGCGACGGCUCGCUGCAAAAAGCGCUGCUAUGUUGACGGCGGUGCAGGGGCAACGGCCGCUAUGGAUUUCUUUGAGGAUGCAUCCAGUGUAGGGCAGCCGGUGUCGGCUAAGCGCUGUCGUUUCGACGAUGGCGAUCUUGCAGCACAGUAUUUUAACGAUUUCUUUUCAAUGCCUGCCACACAAAUUGGCACACAAGCCUGUCUAAUGGAUUAUGAUGAUAUGCAAGCCGCUGGAGACGCAACAGAGGCGCAAGCGCCACACGUUAUACAACAACAACACCUGCAGCCGACGAUACAGCAUCCACGCAUCAAUCAACACUAUCAAGGUCAUUUGCAUCGCGCUAAUCGUGAUGUGAGUCGUUGCAUGAUGUCGCACAUGUUUUAGAAACGUUUGAUAGGCUCAGUGGUUGCUAUAUACAUACAUACAUACAUACAUGUACAUACAAACUAUAUACACAGAGUACAUACAUAUAUGUGCUUUAUUCAUAUACAGUCAUAUAUGCUUUAAUAUGUCAUCGCGUAUACAUACAUAUGUAUAUACAAAUGCAUACAUACACCUGUAUACUUGCUAUUAUAUAUACAUAUGUACAUACAUGCAUAUAUAAAACGUCAACCGGCACAAUUGAGUGUUGCUUUCAAGCUCUCUCGCUCUUUUGCUCUCUCUGUGUGAGUUUCUCUCUCAUAAUUUGCCGCCUCAUUGCUGAUUUAUUUUUAGUAAAUUAAGCAAUUUUCCGAACUCACAAUACAAUAUGUGCUUAAUUAAUGUUAAGUAUGUAUUUAAAAUAUAAAUGUGUAAGUAACUGUGUAUAUGCAAUAGCCGGCAGAUCUCACAUACACACAAAAGGUUCAAUAAGCGCUCUUUUUUUUCCACUGCGCAUUCAUAUACAUACAGUGAAACCAACAAUUAUUCGUACACUCUUUACUUUUGACUUUAAAGGCCUAUAUCUUCGCUGUUAUUUAUAAUACACAACAAUUUUUAAUUUCAAAUGAACACUUAAUAUUUAUAUUUUAUAUUUUAAAAACAAUAACAAACAAUUUCAUAAUCGGUAAUGGAAAAAACUUAAUCUAAUCAAAAUAAGGCAGGUUUUUACGUCCAUAAAUUAUUCGUACACUUAAUUGUUUUCAAAUUAUUUUUCUUAAAUUUACAUCUUAUUUAAAUUUUAAUAUUUUGUAGGCCCGCCUUUGGCCUUAAUAACGGCUAGUAAGCGCCGGUGCAUGCUCUUCACCAAAUUAUUGGUCUCUCUUGGUUCAAUUUUUUGCCACUCAGAAACUAAUGCGGCUUUCAAGGAUUCCUUGGAUGUUAUAUUGUGCUUCCGUAUCCUCCUCUCAAGCAAUUCCCAUAUAUGCUCUAUGGGAUUUAAAUCUGGUGAUUGGGGUGGAGAUUUAAGCUGCUUGCAGUGAUAUAUCAGCCACUCUUGUACCAAAUAUGAUGAAUGUUUUGGGUCAUUGUCUUGUUGGAAGAAGAAUUUUUUGGGAUCGAGCCCGAGCUUUGUGGCACUUGGAUGUAAAUUUCUCUCCAAAAUACUUUUAUAAAUGUGCUUGUCCAUUUUUUCAUCUAUGAACACCAUGUUUCCAGGUCCAGAUGCAGCUAUACAUCCCCAAACCAUUACAUUUCCUCCACCAUGCUUGACGGUGGGAAUAAUGUUUUUCUCUUUCAUGGCUUCAUUCGCUUUUCGCCAGAUUUUGGGAGGGCCGUCGUGCCCAAAAAUGUUGUAUUUGGACUCAUCACUAAAGAUAACGUUUUCCCAAAACGAAUCUGGUUCAUUUAAAUACAGUUUGGCGAAUUCCAGCCUCUUUUUUUUAUUAACCGCCGAAAUGAAUGGCUUUCGCCGUGCAAUCCUUCCAUGAUAACCAGCACUGUAUAGGCAAUUGCGUAUGGUUUGGUGGCACACUUGUUUGUUGCUACACUGUUCAAUAUUUUUGGAUAGUUCUGAAGUGGUUAUUUUUGGGUUUUGGACAACAGCAGCUACUAUAUUUCGCUCAUCACGCUGUGUUAGAAUUUUUGGUCUCCCAGCUUGUUUAUGAUUUGCACCCAAACUCCCUGUGUUUCCGUACUUCUGUAUUAUACUUUGUACAGAAGAGUGUGAUCUGUCGAUUAAUUUGCCAAUGGCGCGAAGAGAAUAAUUUUCUGUAUACAAUUUAAGAAUAUGUUUACGCAUAUCAAGUGAAAUAUCCUUUCCUCGCCCCAUUGCGUCUAUAUCAAUCAAAAUUCGUCUCAACACUAAUUAAAAAUCAAAGAAGAAUGAAUGAAAACUAAUGUACAUGCUGAAUGCUGGCGACGGUAACGAAAUUCCUUAAAAAGAAUUGCCAAUUACAGUUACAUGCGAUGAGAAAACAUGAUAAGGCACAAAGUGUACGAAUAAUUUAUGGACGUAAAAACCUGCCUUAUUUUGAUUAGAUUAAGUUUUUUCCAUUACCGAUUAUGAAAUUGUUUGUUAUUGUUUUUAAAAUAUAAAAUAUAAAUAUUAAGUGUUCAUUUGAAAUUAAAAAUUGUUGUGUAUUAUAAAUAACAGCGAAGAUAUAGGCCUUUAAAGUCAAAAGUAAAGAGUGUACGAAUAAUUGUUGGUUUCACUGUAUGUAUAUGUAUGUAUGUAUGUACUUUUUUUUAAAAGCAAAGCAAAUGUAAAAAUACAUCGAUUCAAUCAAUAAUUCUGAAUGAAAUAUACACGAACAUAUAUGUAUGUAUAUAAACUAUCGCCGCAAUUGUACAAAUAAAAAAUGCAGAGAUGGGAAAAUUGUAAAAGCAAUAAAGAGGAAACAGGCAAUACAAUAUAACUGGUAUAUGUACUUAAAAAAAAACACCUAACACUCGCUAACAAUUAAGAAACAACGUUGCAAUCAAUUAAUUAACAGUUAAGCAAUAUCUAACAAGUAGGACAAUAAAAUAUGCAUAAUUUGUAAGUUAAAUCCCGCACAAAUAUCACAAAAGUGUCUAAGGAAAAAAGAAAUCUUGGUUCGAUUACGAUUGCAAUAUAGUAAAGUAAAGAAACAUUUCCGUAAAAUAUAUAAAACUGUAGAUUAUGCUAUGAAGCUAAGUACAUUAUCUUUAUUUUGUUAGAAAAAUUAAUAUGGAAACGUCAACGCUCUGUAACAUAUCACUAAAAAUUGCUAAAGGAGUAAAAAUCAAGCGACAAAACUAGGUGGAAUUUGAAUUCACAUUUAUGUAGCUCUGUACUUAUCCCUAAUUUAACCAUCUAAACUACUUUAUACUAAAAACAAAUCCUGAAAUGUUGGAUAAUAAAUACAAAAUUUCGGGCCCACACUAUAUUUUUCCGAUAUAAUGGCGUAUGUUAUGUUAUACACUACUAACUACCUUGUAUUCGCACCUUGUAUUUGUCAUGUUCGUUAGAGUUAGAACCUUGUGCAAAAAGUCCUAGAAUCAAAACAAAACAAAAUGAAACUGAUAGAUCAAAAACUCUACUCUUACU